UGCCUGCCCUCCACAGGUUGUAGUGGUUGAGCAGUUCUUGGUUUGUGGAACUUGCUGAAAGUUUCCUUUUUGGAUUUGCCUUCAGAGUGUCAGUUCUGAGAAGUGGUCAGUGGAGAACUUGACCACUACAGCAACGUUUAACAGAGAACCCAGGAGCUCAGCGCUGAGCAUCUCAGUUCUGCAGUGACACUAAGGGCUGAAAAGUGGCCCCCAGAGUGACUGCUCUCUGCUGUAAUUUAGUUCAGACAUGUAAAUAGUUCUUAACUGCUCUUUGCUUAAGCAAAACUACUCCUGUAAGAUCAUUUCCUCUCAGUGCUGGUCCUCCUCAGCAUUCAUUUCUGAUUCGAUGUCAUCGUUCGUAGCACCUCUGGGAGCCGUGGGGGCUCUUGGCUCACAUUGGCCUUUUGAAAGCAAAAGGGCUGCAGAGUUUCCUGCACCAAGCAAUCACCUCAGCCUCUGCUUUUUCACACCAAAACCCCUAGAAGUGAGGCAUCUGAGCAAAGUGCUGCACCUGGGAGCUAAUUCUGAGCUUACAGUGAGGAGAGCUCUGCCUCAGGCCUUUGUGGUUUGGCUGUGGUUGUUGGUGUUGACCACCCAGGGGAAUGUGACCCCUGGGAUUGUAGCAGGAACUGUCCAGCUCCGACCAGGAAGAGAUCCUUGUGACUUCUCACUUGAUGGGACAUGUCUUGACUGACCUCUUGAGCAGCUACAACGAUGGGACCCAUGAAUGAUCUCCACUCUGUUCCAAGCUGAGUUGGAAGCUCAAACUCUAAUGCUCCACUGCCAGAAAAAAACUCACCAGCGUUGCAAACGUCCUUGGCAGUAGCAGAGCCCAAUGUUGAUGUCAUCUGGACUGGGAGUUAGUCUCAAGUCCACGUUCUCCAUGCAUGUAUUGGUGUAGCAAGUCAGUAGCACAGAGCUAGAGUCGUCUUGGUGACUGAAAGUGGAGCUGGCAGCCUUUGAAUCCUUCUGCAUCUGAUACCAAGACCACAAAACCUCCUUCCAGUCGAUGUGGGCUCUUCUUUGCCAGUGAGGGAGGCUCUGUUUUGAUCAGCCAUGUCUGAGCUGCUGCAGUGCCUUGGGCAUUAGAUUGUUCUGAGAGCCCAAGAGUUCUUUGGGGAGCUCACGUUUGAGCAAGCUCACCUGAGGUGGGAAAGGCUUCUCUGUCUUGCAGUGGACUUGCAACCCUGGUGUUGAAGCAGUCUGGACUUGCUCUUGCUUUGUAGCCUGGAGAUCACAUCUUCACCUGCACAAAACAGCUGCUUGCCCUUCGGAUUUCACUGGGGCUGUGUCCAUGUGUUCUGCCUUGGGCUUCAAACCUUUUCCUUCCUGAGCUUCAACUCCUUUUCUCCCGAAUACCUCUACCUUGAGAGCAUUUGAGGUUGGUUUUUCCACUUCUUUGCACAUGAGCACCUCUGUAGCCUGUGUCUGCCGAGCCAUUGAGUUGGGCAGGUGAGAUGUAGGCUAUGAGUUGGUCUCCAUCCAUCCUAUUCCUCCAAGUGUUCUACAUCUUCAUUUCUUCUUGUUCUCUGUGCCUGAAGCAAUUCCUGCUUCCAUCUUGCCAUGCAGCUAACCCAGCUGUGUCCUCCUAACCCUUUCUGAAAAGCAGACUCGAUGGCACUGAGUAGGGAUGGCAGAGCAGAUAACUCAUGGCUUGCCCCUGAGGUCUGGUGAUGUUUUUCAGCAUGAAAGGAGAUUAAUGUGAGGAGUUUCCUUGGGGCUUUUACCUUCCUUUGAUCUGAGAAGGACUCCAUUUCUCCCUGGGAUGUAAGAGUUGCACUUUGUUGUAGCUUGUCAGUGUUGUUGGGAAGGACUCGCCCCAGAGGUAGCCCAAGUAGCUCAGUGUGAUUUUUUUUCUGCCCCUUUGUCCUGAGGGAGGCAUUUUCCGGUGGUUAACCUGCAUGGCAGCGCUGAGCUGGGCGGCAGCCGCGUGGCUGAGCUGUGCUGUUGUUGUGCUGCUGCCUUCUCAUUGUCCUGUUUCUUUCCCCUUUGUUUUGUGCAGCGUUGCAGGCUGCAUGUACAGAGUCGUUCCGACCACGGCACCCGACGGGAAAAACCUGCUGAAAUUACUUCCAGUCUCUGAGUCUCCUGGGAGCUUUGUGCCCACAGUGCAGUCUUCAGCCAUGGCAAAUCACUCCAAAGCCAACAUUUCUGGCCCGCUCCACCUUCCCUUUAACGCGCAGCUCGCCAGCCCUGCUGCGCCCUCACCCGCUGAAGCUCCUGCCCUCCAGUCUCCUAACCCUGCAAAGAUUGUUCUUACAGCGACCUUAGACAAAGAGCAGAGUGUUAGGGCAGGUUCUGAGAAGGAAAGCUCAGUUCCAAAGGCAGCUGCUGACAGCCCAGGCAGCUGCCUUUCGGUGGAGGUGGUGUCCGUGAGGAGCUCCUCGGAGCAGGGCAGCACUGCCUACAUGUUUGUGAACACACGCAACCUGCCAGUGACUGUCAAGUCGCCAGCGCUGCCUUAUGGCCACCACCUUCAGAUCCCAGCCAAUGCAGAAGUGAAAUCUGUCCCAGCUUCUUCUUUGCCACUUUCAGUACAGCAGAAGAUCCUGGAGACUGCAGCCAGCAACGCCGCGGGAGGAGCCGGUGACAGCCAGGUGCCCACGGUCAUCUACGUGUCCCCGGUCAACACGGUGAAGACUGCGGUGCCCAAGUGCCUGCGUGCCCUCUGCUCCGAGCAGGCCUCCCAGGCCUCCAAAACGCUCCUCAUGACCCCUGCGCAGAAGGAGAAGAGCUGUGCCAAGGCCGUGCCAGCCGAAGGGCAGCAGUGCCAGCAAGUGCCAAUGAAAUGGAUCGUGCAGGAGAACCCGCAGGCGCCGGCUCUGACCCCUGUCAAGUCGUCCAAUAGUGUAGCUUCCAAGAUCCUGAAGACUUUGCUGGACAUGAAGAAUAUAGAAAUGAGCUCUGCAAAUAUUGUGCCACUGUGUUCCAGUGGAAGCCAAACGAAGAUCAUGACCACCAAGGAGAACGCUCUGGUCAUGUGCAACGGGAAGGUCUAUCUGCUGGCUCGAAGAGGCUCUGAUCUGUCAGCCCAGGCUGACAAGCAGGCUUCUGCCUCUGCUGAUGCUUUGCCUGAGAAGGACGCAGCCAAGCUAAUCGAUUGUGCUGACAGAAUGGUGAACCUCCUGUUGUGCAAAAGCAAGGGCAUGCUGCCGCCUCAGAAGGAGCCACACUCCAAAGCUCCUUCACCAGCGGUCUUUACCAGUGACUUAAAUUCUGCCCCUGCAGUCGCGGUGGUGCCGGGCGCUAAGCAGAGCUCCACUGCAAACCAAAGAGAGAGCCUGCCCCUCCCCGAGGGCAUCUCCAGUGGGGUCAGCUCUGUCCCAGCUGCGGGGACACAGGAAGAUAUCUGCCGCAAUGGCAAGGAAAGGAGUCCCUCACCCACAGCAGCAAGUGCUGUCCUACCUCAGCCUGAGCCAGAGGGGGCUCUUGCUGAAGGCUGUCACAAGAUCCAUUGUGUGAAGAUGGAGUCCCCAAAAAAAGUUACUCCAUCCGAGCUCCAAGAGAAGCCACAUUGGAAACAAUACCUGGAACUAAGGAGAAAAUUUGGCCUGCUUAAGGAGGAGAAGGUGUACCUCUGGAGAAUACCUCUGCCUCCUUCCUGGAAGGAGCCAGAAGAGGAUUGUUCCAGUAACAGCCUGAGCACUGGAACUGACUCUUGCAGCUCGCUGUCGGUAGAUGUGGAGACCCCAAACCAACAGCAGGAGUGUGUGAGAGAGGAAAAGAUAAAAGUGGAGCUGGAGGAAGAUUUCAGUAGGAAAAGAAAAAUCAAAUCCUCACCAGUGUCAGAAGGUGGAAAGAGGAGGAGGAGAUCUUCGCAGUCAAGCACAAGCCCAAGCUCCAGCUCAGAACACACCAACUCAGCUGCCAGUGUGCUGAGCAUCUGUGUGCCGCCUGCGCCAGUCCUACCCCAGCUAAGCCUCUCCACGGCCCCUCUGGUACCAUCUCCAGGCAGAGACUCAGACCAAGACGCUGAGGCUCUGUACGGCGACAGCACAGACUCACAGACCCCAGUUGUGCUGUCUGGUGAAAGCUAUAGCUCCCUUCUGGAAGGUUCUUUCAGGGAUGAUGCUUUCCCUUGGACUCCUCCAGACGUGGAUGAAACGAUAAGGGAUGAGAAGAUCAAGCGCCUGAAGCAGCUGCUGAGGGAGCGAGAAGCGGCACUGGAGGAGGUGCGCAGGAAAAUGCAGCAGAGCUGAGAGGGCCAAGCUGCUGCUGGGGUCUGCACCAGGCUUGGCUUCACUUCAUGGCUUCCAGAAGGAAUUUCUUCUGUAAAGGAAGCUGGACAUAGGAAGGUGAACAUUUCUGGUAGCUGGAGGCUCGUCACGAGGCUUACAGAAUGGCUGUGGCUAGGGAAGUGCAGAGGUUUCCUUCAGUACCAGAAAUAAAGGAACUUGGACCAACAGAUCUGCUUCUGGGACACUCUUACCCAGGACUGCAGAUGGGCUGUGCUGGUGCAUUCCCUGUGCUUUGACUUGGUAGUCCUAGGAAAUAGAUUCCCCCACUUGGGAAUUCCGUGGCCUGCCUCUUAGGAACAGAAUGUAACCUGCAGACUCCACUUGUCCGCCUCUGUUCCUGUUUCCCUGGCUUGUCAGUGAGCUCCUGAGGACAGUCAGGAGCCUUUAGAGGUCAGUGUUUAAUAAUAGGAAUUAGACUUUAGGCAGUAACACUGCAGCUAUUUAUCCAGCCCCUCUCCCAGCUGUGAAGAAGGCAGCAGCAGGAAGCUCUGUGGACAGGUUGGGUUUGUGUCUCCUACCCUUACUGUGAGCCUUUAUAAGGCCUUGGAUAGCUUUGUGCAAUGUCCCUGUUUGGCUGUGAGGGUGGUUGGGGUUUGUCUUUGCUGGGAGGGGGGAGAAGGUAUUUUCAGUUUGCCUUUUUUAGCCAGAACUGCUGAAGCUAAACCCCAGGAGUUGUAGUUCUUUCUGCAGAGGGGGAGCUGGAUGAACUUCUGAUUAAUCUGUGCAGGCAUUAAUUGAGCCUGUCCCUGGCUGCCUUUGUUGGAUGCUACCUUAGCCUGGCGUUGUAGGGGCAGAUGUGCCCUCAGCCUGUCUUUGCCUUCAGGGGUUCCAUAGCUGAAUCUUUUGGGUUUUCAGCUCUUUAGUCUGUGCAGUGUAUUUUUCCCAGCAGAUUGUGUCUCAUGCUGUGUGGAUUCCUCACCCUGCUCCACGUUGCUGAGCUUUGCAAGGUCCUCUUGCACUUGCUCAGUCUUUCUUGUCACAGCCAUGAGAAAGGUUUGCAGCAGCAUUUGUCUUUGGGGGUCCUUUUCUUGUCUGUUUCUGGCUCUGCAGAGCUGAGUUCUGACUUUAUUUUCUGUGGCUGAGUGAACUUUCCCUCUGCAAGGUUCUGCUCCGUUGCCAUGUGGAUGCUUGGUGUGCAUGCUGGGGCGUGGGGAAGGAGGUGGAACUGGAGAUCCUAGCAGGCUGCUCCAUCCCUGCCUGCCUGAGUGACAGGUGUCAGCCUGAAAAGCCCAAGCAGAUUAGAGGGGCAGGACAGGCACUAGGAAAGGCAGAAGUGAAGGAAAGCAGUGGGCCCAGCUCUGCAGUGCUCGAGGCAGACCAAGUGUAGAAGAUGAUACCCCAAGCACUGGAGGGGGAAGAGCAGGGGCAGUGAGCAGCUCCCUGUACUGAGCACUGCUGAGAUCACACCUCCCAUACUGGGCUCAGUUUUGGGCCACUCACUCCAAGAAAGGCACUGAGGGGCUGGAGCAGGUCCAGACAAGGGCAAGGAAGCUGCUGAAGGAUCUGGAGAACAGGGCUGGGGAAGAGCAGCUGAGGAGGGUCAGCCUGGGGACAGGGAGGCUGAGAGGAGACCUCGUUGCUCUCUGCAGCUCCCUGAAGGCAGCCUGGGCUGAGGUGAGGACUGUGUCAUCUUGCAAGGAAGCUGAGAGCCCUGGGGCUGGUCAGUGUAGAGAAGGCUGAGAGAGGAUCUGGACAAUGUCUGUGAGUAUCUGAGGGGUGGGCAGCAGGAAGGGACCAGGCUCUCCUUGGUGGUGCCCAGUGCAAGGAACAAUGGGUACAAGCUGGACCCCAGAACUUCCAUCUCACCAGGAGGAGACUCAGUGACCUCCAGAGGCCUCUAACAUUCUGUGAACAAGGGAUGGGAUGAGAAAAUGGCCUCAGGUAGCCCCAGGGGCAGUUUAGGUUGGCCAUGAGGAACAAUUUCUUCUCUCUGAGGCCUGUCCAGGCCUGACCCAGGCUGCCCAGGCCACUGGUGGGGUCUCCAACCCUGGAAGGGUUUCAGAGCCGUGGGGAUGUGGUGCUGAGGGCCAUGGCCUGGCAGUGCCCUGGCACUGCUGGGUGAGGUUUAAACUUGAUAUUAAAGAUCUUUUCCAACUGAAA